AUGUCGGUUGGUGUUGUUGGUGCAGGUGUCAUUGGGUUGACUAGUGCAUUGAAGCUGCUAGAAUCGGGCUCUGAAUUAAAGACCCUGACUAUUCUUUCGGAGCAAUUCCCACAGGACCUGCCUGUGAACCACAGCUACACGUCUCCUUGGGCAGGAGCCCAUUUCAGGCCAUUCCCUCAUCGGGAUUCUGAUUAUGAGUCCGAUAAGAGAGAGAGUCAGUACACUAGAAUUACGUUUGAUUACUUCAAGAGUAAGCCAAGCUAUGUGUUAAAGGAGGCAACAGUUGAGUUCAUGAAGGGCAUUGACUGGAUUGAACAGCCAAGUGCCGAGUACAGGAGACUUGGAUCUGGUUACAAUGGGGAAACCCUCAAUGAUUUCUCUCAAGAGACAAGAAAUGUACCUGAUGGUGUCAGCUUCAGCUACAGCUAUGAAACUUGGUGCUUAAACGCACCGGUGUACUUACUAUUCCUAUACAAGGAGAUUACUCGCUUGUGUGAGGAGAGGUCGGUGAAACUUAGAAUUAAGAGAAUUCGUUUGGAAAAGUUGAGCGACAUUCGGGAGCUAUAUCCAGAUAUUGAUGUCGUGAUUAACGCAAGCGGCCGCGGACUUCAAUGGAAUGGAGGUUUCGAUCCGGACUGCUUCCUUGUUAGGGGUCAGACGUUGUUGCUUGAUGUAGGAGACAGACACGACAAGUUGCCCUAUGCUCAUUGCACCAUUACCCAUCAGGGGAAGAGUGGUGAUUGGACUUUUGUCAUCAAAAGGCCAGCCAAAAAUGCUGGUGAGCGUGCUACUUACAUCUUAGGUGGUACAAAACAACCUGGGGAUUAUAGAAUUAUGCCCCGUGAUGAAGAUACGCAAGCAUUGCUAGCUAGAGGUAAGAAACUGUACCCGGAUUUGUUGGAACAAUACGAAAUCAAAAACGUUAAUGUUGGUUUCAGACCCUUGAGGAAAGGAGGCUCCCGAGUGGAAAUUGAAUUUGCUCAAAUUCCAAUCAUCCAUGCUUAUGGGCUCGGAGGCAUGGGCUUUGAAGCUUCAGUUGGUGUUGCUUACCAUGUAAGCCAAUUGUAUGAUUCUUUAAAGGCAAAACCUAAGCUCUGA